ACUUAUUGGACUUUAAGAACUUAGUGUGUAACUGAUAUCUCCGGAAAAUGGGUCUUUCGAUAGUCGAAACGUUUGUUGCGAUUUUCCUAUGUUUUGGAGUGACGACGCACGGAAAUGAGGUUGCCCGCUACGAUCAUUAUAGGGUUUACGAAGCGAUUCCCUCAUCCAACAAUCAGCUGAAGCUACUGGAAGAUCUGGAACGUUCAAGUGAUAGCUUAAUUUUCCUGAAAAGAGGUGACCAUGUGGGAGCAAAGUUCAAUAUCGUAGUGGCUCCACACAAGUUGGCGGAUUUCAGUGAAGCGCUGCGUAAUGAAGGCAUUCACACUCGACUGUUGGAGAUGAACAUGCAAAAGUUGUUUGACGACGAAAAAUUCCGGAUGUUGUCUAAGCGAGCUAGCGGAUCUUUCGAUUUCAAGGAGUAUUACGAGCUGGACGACAUUCAUUCUUGGUUGGAUAAUCUGGCUCUUCAAUAUGACCAGGUAAAACUUCUAGAAGCUGGCCAUUCUUAUGAGAACCGAUCGAUCAAGGGUGUGAAAGUAUCUUUCAAAUCGGGUAACCCUGGAGUGUUUUUAGAAGGAGGCAUACACGCUCGUGAAUGGAUUUCUCCGGCAACUGUCACGUACAUUCUCAACGAGUUGCUAACAAGUCAUGAUCCGAAAGUGCGCGACAUCGCUGAAAACUACGAUUGGUACGUGUUCCCGAGCGUGAAUCCAGAUGGAUACGUCUUUACUCACACAAAAGAUCGUCUCUGGAGGAAGACUCGUACUCCUUACCCUGGAGGAUGUUUCGGAGCUGACCCCAACCGUAACUGGGACUUCCACUGGGCUGAGCAAGGAACCAGUAGCAACUGCAUAUCCGACACAUACGGGGGACCUUACGCCUUUUCCGAAAUUGAAACCAAAUCGUUGUCCCAGUUUGUCACCUCGUUAAAAGGCAAAAUCCAAACCUACAUCUCGUUCCAUUCGUACUCCCAGGUGCUUCUGUUCCCUUAUGGGCACACCGGCGAGCACACUCCGAACCACAACGACCUGGACCAAAUCGCCAAUGCAACGAUUACAUCCUUGGCGAAGCGCUACGGCACCUUUUACACGUACGGCAAUAUCUAUGAUGCCAUCUACCCGGCCAGUGGUGCCAGUGUGGACUGGGCCUACGGAACGUUGGACGUAAAAAUUGCCUACACCUACGAGCUACGACCAGGUUCAGAAUCAUGGGAUGGAUUCGUGCUUCCGCCAUCGCAGAUUGUGCCGACCGGAGAAGAAACACUCGAUUCUUUAGUAACGCUGCUAGAGAAAUCGCGUGAAAGGGGCUAUUAUGAUAACUACACGAGCUAAUUGAGUGGAUGGGUAACUGAUAUGACAACAUGAAAUAAAAAAGUCAGAGUGCUCGCUACUUGAAAAUAAA